AUCUAUUGAUCGCUCUCUUUCUCUCUCUCUCUCAGUCUAGUUACAUUUCAAAUGCACUUAUAUUGCACACAAGCCGAUUGCCAGUUCAGUUGACUCUUGAUUGUUGCAAGAUGUUUAUCUUUGGCCUGUUGUUGCUGCUGCUGCUUGCCUGGCUUUGGCAGCGCUGGCACUUUGGUCACUGGCAGCGCUUGGGCGUACCUCAAACACCCGCCACGCCCUUUGUGGGCAAUGUUUGGCGUCUGUUGCGUGGCUGCUGCUGCUUUGGUGAUCAGUUUCGCGAGCUAUACGAGCGCCCCGAGGCCAAAGGUCAGGCCUAUGUGGGCAUACAUGUGCUGCACAAUCAUGCGCUGCUGCUGCGUGAGCCGGCGCUAAUCAAGCGCAUUCUUGUCGAGGACUUUGCGCAGUUCUCGAGUCGCUUUGAGACCACCGAUGCCAUUGGCGACACGAUGGGCUCCCAGAAUUUGUUCUUCUCCAAGUACGAAAUGUGGCGUGAGACGCAUAAAAUCUUUGCGCCCUUCUUUGCUGCUGGCAAAGUGCGUCAUAUGUUUGGACUGCUGCAGCAGAUUGGCCAGCAGCUGGAGCAGCACAUGGCCAGGCAGCUGCAAGCGGCUGCAACAUCAGAGGACCACUUCGAGCUGGAGGUCAAGCAGUUGAGCGCGCUGUUCAGCACGGACAUCAUUGCCUCGCUGGCAUUCGGCCUGGAGGCGAACUGCCUGCAGCAGCCGGACGCAGAGUUCCGACGCAUGUGCAUCGAGGUGAAUGACCCGCGGCCGAAGCGUCUGCUGCAUCUCUUCACCAUGUUCUUCUUUCCACGCUGCUCGCGUCAACUGCGCACGCAUCUCUAUUCGGAGGAGUACGAGCGCUUUAUGCGAAAGUCCAUGAACUGGGUGAUGGAGCAGCGCUCGGCCAGUGGCGAACAGCGUCACGAUCUGAUUGACAUAUUCCUGCAGUUGCAGCGCACCCAACCACCUGAGAGUGUGGCGCAUCGUCGUGACUUUUUCGUGGCCCAGGCGGCAUUCCUGCUGCUGGCCGGUUUCGAUACCUCCUCCUCGACCAUAACAUUCGCGCUCUACGAGCUGGCCCGCCAGCCGGCCAUACAGCAGCGUCUUAGGCGGGAGUUGGGCGCUGCGCUGCUAGGCUGCGGGUCUGGCCAAUUGGACUAUGAGACGCUCAGCGGCUUGCCCUAUUUGCGGCAGGUGGUGGAUGAGGUGUUGCGCUUGUAUCCGCCCACUGCCUUUCUAGAUCGCUGCUGCAAUGCCAAGGCAGGCUAUGACUUGUCCGGUUGGAGUGGAGGCAAAGCUUUGCGUCUGCCGCCAGGCACACCUGUCUACAUCUCUGUGCUGGGACUGCAUCGGGAUGAGCAGUACUGGCCGCAGCCUUUGAAGUUCGAUCCGGAACGUUUUGCGCCGGAGCAGCGCGCACAACAUCAGCCCAUGACGUAUUUGCCCUUUGGCGCCGGUCCACGUGGCUGUCUGGGCACCUUGCUGGGCCUGUUGGAGAUCAAGGUGGGCCUGUUAUACAUACUAAAGAACUAUCGCGUGGAGUGCUGUCCGCGAACUCUGCCGGAAAUGAAGUUCGAUGCGAAGUCCUUUGUGCUGACUGCUGCAGGCGGCACCUUUUUACGCUUUAUCUAUGAUCCGCUGUGA